AUGAUAGUGGUCCUGCUGAUAUUCCUGCCCCUUUCAGCCUGUGAGGUGCAGAAGACCAAAUGCCCACUGAAUGAGUUGGAGGAUCAGUACCUAGUGGAGAAUUAUUACAAACCUGGAGACUACCUUAUUGUCCAGGUGAUCAACCAGGAUCCAAGGCUCUUACCCAACAUCACUCUGGGCUACAAUGUCUAUGAGACUCAUUUUAGAGGAAGAAUCACCUCUGAUGCCACGCUAGACCUCCUUGCUGGUGGGGGAGGUGUUGUUCCCAACUACAACUGCGGGAGGGAGAGUAAUGUCUUGGCUGGUGUUGAAGGGGCUGAGACUGACAUUGCUACCCAUAUUUCAUCUUUGUUGAGCAUCUACAAAAUGCCACAGGCGCCCCCUCAAGGCAAAAGGGAGAACCAGAUGAGCUAUGGCUUUGUUGCUUCUGUUCUCAGUGAUAAAAUCCAGUUCCCAUUUAUCUACCGGAUGAUCCCUGAAGAAGAAACACAGUUUGCAGGCAUUGUGCAGCUGCUGCUGCACUUUGAAUGGACAUCCAAGUGGAUGUUCAUGGCUGGUGGGAGAGGCAGCUUGGAUCAACAAAGACUCCAGCCAUGGCAGCUGCAUGCUUUCUUAAGAGAAGUCCAGUUUUCCAAUGCGUCCACAGAUGGACUCAAUUUGUACGAGAAUGGAGAGUUGGCAACCAGCUUUGAUAUCAUGAAUUGGGUGGUAUUUCCUAAUGUGACUUAUAAGAGAGUGAAAGUUGGAAGCGUAGAGGGACAGGCGCCUGCAGGUGUAAAACUUACCAUUGAUACAGACGCCAUUGUGUGGCCCAUCCGAUUUAACAAGACUGUUCCUUCUUCUAGGUGCACCGAGAGCUGCCACCCUGGUUACAGCAAGAAGAGCAUAGAAGGAAAGCCUCCUUGCUGCUAUGCUUGUGCUCCAUGUCCAGAAGGGACCAUCUCUACUCAGGAAGAUGCAGAUCAGUGCAACAAGUGUUCAGAAGAUCAACAUCCAAACAAAGUUCAAAAUCAUUGUCUCCACAAGGUUAUAACUUUCCUGUCCUAUGAAGAACCAUUGGGAAUCACCCUUACCUCCUUUGCCCUUACCUUGUCCAUAAUCAUAAGCUGGGUGUUGGCAAUCUUUAUGAAAAACCAAGACACUCCAAUAGUUAAAGCCAACAACCGGGACCUCUCUUAUAUUCUCCUUGUUUCCCUCCUGCUUGCCUUUCUGUCUUCCUUCUUCUUCAUCGGCCAACCAAGGAAACUAACCUGCCUUCUCCAACAAACCAUCUUUAACAUCAUCUUCUCAGUUGCCAUCUCUUCUGUGUUGGCCAAAACUGUCACUGUGGUGCUAGCUUUCCUGGCCACAAAGCCAGGAAACAGGGUGAGGCGAUGGCUGGGGAAGACUUUGGCAAAUGUUAUAGUCAUUUCUUGUUCCAGCAUUCAAGUUGUCAUCUGUGCCAUUUGGCUGGGAAUGUUUCCACCCUUCCCUGACUCUGACAUGAACUCCCAGCCUGGACAGAUCAUUCUCAGGUGUAACCAAGGAUCUGUUGUCACGUUUUAUAUUGCUCUUGGUUACAUGGGCUUCCUAGCUGCCAUCUGUUUCAUGGUGGCUUUCCAGGCCAGGAAGCUGCCUGGGACCUUCAAUGAAGCCAAGCUGAUCACCUUCAGCAUGCUGGUCUUCUGCAGUGUCUGGGUCUCCUUUGUGCCCACCUAUUUGAGCACAAAUGGGAAAUACAUGGUAGCUGUGCAGAUCUUCUCUAUUUUGGUCUCCAGUGCUGGGCUCCUGGGCUGCAUCUUUUUCCCCAAGUGCUAUAUUAUUAUAAUAAGACCGGAUCUCAACAUAAAGGAACACUUAAUGAUCAAAGCAAAAUCAAACAUAUUUGAUUCUAAGCAGUAG